AUGCCGGCAACCGUGCUGCCGGCCGUCGAGGAGCCGGAGGCAAGGCCUCCAGCAGAUCUGGUGGAUAGUGAUCAGGACGCAGAGGGGGAAGAGGAGACAGACCUUUAUGAGAUGGAUCAGCAGCUUCAGAAUGCGGUUCACCAGGCCUACUCCGGGGAAGUUGCUGACGAAGACCAAGAUGCCGAUUACGAUGAAGAUCUCGACGCGGAGGGCGAACCAGACACGGAAUUGACUAUCAAUGGCGAUAACCAGAACCAAGGCGCUGAAUCGGUCGGACCUGUGAACGUGCCCGAUGAAAGACGCUCUGUUGAGAACAAUGAAGAUGUUGUUUCGGCGACAGCCGACGGGGAAGGCGAUCCAGUCUUUGACAACCAGAGCGAUAGCGACGCAUCGGCUUCCUCUUCGAGCAGUUCGGAGUCGGAUGCCGGCGAAGAGGAGUGGGAAGCGGAGAGCAAUGGCAGGGAGGAUGCAGAAGGAGACCAACCCGUCCGUGGGAACUGCAUCUUCUGUCAUCAAGAUGAGGAUCAUGAUCCUAGCGAGGAGUUUGAAGAAUAUCUAACAUGCGCUGUCUGCGGUGAUCAUUCCCAUCGACAAUGUGCUCGAGAACAGAAUGCGCUGGAUGACACACAAGAUGCUACCUCCUGGAGAUGCCCGACUUGUGUUCGGGAGAAAUUACAGCCAACUACCGAACAGAUAGAUGCGAAUCGGCGGAUCCCCCGCCAAAAGAAGAUGCGCCGGGAGCUCCUACCAGCACACACUGGCGAGGAAGGGUCCGGUUUCCACUCAAUUUUCAAUACCACGGACGUUAACGAUCAGCUCUUGACCGGCUCAAGGUCAUUGCGAAAGAGAAAAGCGUCUUCGACCGAGGCAGGCGAGCAUACGCCUGUUCUUCGAAAGUGGCGCCGGCAAUCAUCAUUGCGUUCUGCACGGGCUGAAUCCGGAGACCAUGCCUUCGGAGGCGUGGAUACUCUGUCACCAGUUCGAACUCGUUCCCGACGCACUCGUGGCGAGGAAAAAGACAAUUGUCGUAUAGUCUUGAAGCAGUUUGGGCGACUUGUCAUCUCGUUCCGGCUCAAUGAUACCAAAAUGUCAAAAAUCCUCAAUUCUCGGAGCCGAUCCCAAAUUCGAGGCAGAAGAACCCCCAAACCAACACCGGUGGCCCAAGAACCACUGUCGCACUUUGCUCCCAUCCCCCCCGCGCCCUACAUCUCUCCCUUCUACUCAUUCAAUGAUCGUGAGACGGACGAAUCAAAAUCAAAACCUUACGGUGGCAUUCUGUCAGAAACGGAUGCUGACACUUCUCGAACCUUGCCCACCCAUGUCGACCGCGAAAGAUUUGAAGUCGCACGGCAGAAGGCUGAAGAGGAAUGGCAGAGGAGAGUCAUGGAGGCUGAGAGUGGAGGAGAAAGUGUCCAACACGCUUCUCAGAAGGUCUCUGGCCCUCCAUCGAGGAUCAAGUACAUCAACUUUGGAGGAUACGAGAUCGAGACCUGGUAUGCAGCGCCAUAUCCCGAAGAGUACAGUCGCAAUCGGGUGCUCUAUAUCUGUGAGUUUUGCUUGAAAUACAUGAACUCAGACUAUGUUGCCUGGCGGCACAAGUUGAAAUGCCCUGCCAAGCAUCCUCCGGGGGACGAGAUCUACCGUGAUGGUUCUAUUUCAAUAUUCGAAGUCGACGGCAGAAAAAAUCCAGUAUACUGCCAGAAUCUUUGCUUGCUUGCCAAACUGUUCCUAGGGUCCAAGACCCUAUACUAUGAUGUUGAACCAUUCUUGUUCUAUGUCAUGACCGAAUUUGACGACUUGGGGUGCCACUUCGUUGGGUACUUCAGCAAAGAGAAACGACCCAGUUCAGCAAACAAUGUCUCUUGCAUCCUUACCCUCCCUAUCCACCAAAGGAAAGGUUACGGCAACCUUCUCAUUGAUUUCUCAUACUUGCUUACGCGCAUUGAAGGCAAGACAGGGUCGCCAGAGAAGCCUCUUUCCGAUAUGGGGUUGGUAUCCUACCGAAAUUACUGGCGGCUCAUUCUAUCAUAUCAAUUGCGGAAUCAGAAGACUCCGAUCAGCGUCGCGGAGCUCUCAGAGCGAACAGGAAUGACCUUUGAUGAUGUGGUCUCUGGAUUGGAAGGGCUACGUGCCCUUGUCAGAGAUCCGGUGACCAAAACGUACGCUUUGCGCCUCAAUUACAGCUAUUUUGAAGAGUGCAUUCGAAAUUGGGAGGACAAAGGCUACGUUCAACUCAACCCUAGUGCUCUAGUCUGGACUCCUUAUAUCAUGGGUCGGAGCAACCAGUCCCAAUUUGACCGAGCUCCGUUACAUGCUGUUGCUCCGCGAGAAGAUCCAGAGGAAGAGGAAGAGGAGGAGGAGGAGGAGGGCGAAGGGGCCAAGCAGAUGGUGAGCGAGGAAGAGCAACAGAUUACAGGGCGUCUCAAUGGAAUUCUCCAUCGACCUGUCAAUGGUAUCAGACAUACCGAGUCCGAUAAUCGUUUGAACAAGCCCGCCGGCCCUCCCUCGACACAUGGGUUCUCAAAUACUAACGGCUUCCAUCAUCGCACAACGGCUACAGCCAGCUCGAGUGCCGAUGCGCCGUCCAAUCCGGUAGCAGGGAUUCCGCCCUCUAGAUUUGAAAUUUAUCCUCCGGUUCAGGCUCCCAUCUUCAAGAGAAAACCGGGACGACCGUUUGGAAGCAAGUCUAUGUACAAUAAAGUGGCAAUCACACCCACAACUGCUCGCACGAGCGGUCGUGGGACUCCCCGGCGAGCGUCUACGUUGGCCGCUGAGACCCCUACCGCGAAUCCAGGGAGUACCCGGCGCGGACGUGGCGCGAAGCCCAUUGACUCGUCUGCUCCGGAGCCGACUAAUGGGGAGACCAAUGGAUUCGUGAAUGGUGAUCAUCAGACUUCAGAAGAUGCCCCCGGAGAAGUACAAGACACUUCGCAGCAGGUGUCCGCAGACCCGGAAACUGAAAUUCUGAACCACAUCGGGAACGGCAUAGAACCCGGUCCUGCCAACGGCACCGAGAUCUCGGACUCCAUGCCAAAGAUAGUGGACGGGGACCUCCCUCAUUCCGAACCCCGAAUCACAUCGAAAGGCCGAGGAGUCGAGAACCGAGGGAAACUAUCACGGUCCACAAGCCGGAAAUCAGUAGUGGAAAAGAGCGAAGUGACCAUCCCAGCGGAGGAGAUCGACACGGCGCAAGAAAACAAGCCUGCUGCAAGGGAUGCGGAUGGGGACGCGAUCAUGGAGACAUGA